AUGUCUUCGCAGCCAAAAGACGUCGUCAGCCGUCUUCUCGCAAACACUUCGAACGAGUCUGUCAUCAGAGAGCUCGUCGCUGUAGAUGCUACAUACAUUUCACUAAGCUACUCCAACCCUCCUCUGCACGAGAUAAUGGCCCAUGCCGGCGUGCAUGCAAAGGAAGGGCCUGGAGCAGUCAUCUCAACAUUCGCCAACGUCGACAAGAUCUGGGCGAAUGAGGAAUUCAAGAUCGAAGCGCUCUUCGGCGAGGGCCCUGAUGUCGCCGCCUUCGGUCGGUUCACCUAUCGUUCUCGAGCGUUGAACAAGGUCUACACCUCGCCCUUUAGUAUUCACUGCAAGGUCGAACAUGGACAGGUGGUGUAUAUGCUCUUUAUGGAAGAUACUUUUGGCACAGGUGCAACAUUUGAGAAAUCCGGCGAGAAGACCUAUGAGGUGGAACCAGGAAAGAGUUUCAUUCUAUAA